AAAACAUGAACGUAAACAUAAACCAACUCACGUGUUCGACCGAGUUGAGUGGGUUGAAUGUUUACCUGCACAUUAAACCACUGAUGAAUGACUGAAGCACGUUUACCUUAAAUUAAUGCGAAAGUCCGUACUCAUGGAAAGUACGAAGAUAAAUUUUCACACUGUUUGCCGAACGCAGAACGUCUACAUGGACGUUUCACUCCAUUUUGAGGAGCCCGGUGAAGAAGUUGAUGCGACAAUAUUCAAGUUUGUAAUUCUGCAAGCAUUAAAGAAGUUGUAUGGUGAAGUCGGUGCAUCCGUUGCAGUGGAUGUUCUGAAGUUCCGGGAGUCGGACCUUCGAGCUUACUUGCGUGUUUCAUCCAGCAACCUGGUCAGGCUUUGGAGUUCGUUGACCUUGACUUCCUGCUACAACGGAAGGCCCUGUUCCUUUCGGGUGUACAAGGUGUCUCCCAGCCUGGCCUCACUGAGUGUGUCAAGCUCGCACUACCAGCACGUACCUGCCGCAGAAGUGACUGGAGACGAUUAAAUACUGUGUAAAUUCUGUGUUAUAGUGUUUCAAAUUCUCACGACCUGGAC